AUGUCGGUGGAGAACCUCUGGGGUGGAGCCAUGUGCAUUCGCGGUGAAGUCUCACCAUGGGUCCAGGCAGAAGAAGCGAGAACGACGAACGGCGAUACUCUGAUGGGGAAAUCUCCGAUAGCACAGGAAAGUGAUUGUCUUUUGAAGGCUUUCAACACGAUUGCCGCCCAAGCUCACGUGCAGCUUGGCAUCAAUAUUCUGAGAAAGAGCGGGGCUUUGGGAGCGCUCGCAAAGUAUACAAGUCUCCCGCAUCCUGCAUCCCAAACACCGACCAGCACGCACAAAAAUCCAAAUGGCUUUGCAAUACUCGGAUGA